AUGAUUUGUGCACCAUUUUAUCGUGUUGGUUUUGUUGAUUUUUGGCUUGGUGAUCAAUUAACAUCACUUGAAUUUAUAUUUUUUGAUAUUGAAUAUUUCUUUUGUUUUUAUAUUUAUGACGUUGGAUGGUGGCCAGUCAAUUCUUCAUCAUCAACACGUGGUUUAUUGUGUAAUGGUUGGCAACAAGUACUUUUACAAACACUUCUAAUGAUUAUACCAUCAUAA